CGGCGCAGGCGGCACAAAGAUUGCCAAACCCGUCUAGUCAAUAGUUAGGCUGCUAUUACGGCAGUAGGAGACCCCCGGCCAUUGAAGCGACAUCUUCACGUGAUCCAUAAUUACACAUGACUGACAACAUAUCACUGGCGCUGACAGUUCUGGUCUCAACUUCCAUUAGCGCGUUAGUAGUGUACAAAUGGGUAAAGUCGAGGCUUGUCGAACGCCCAAAAGGGGAUUGGAAAAGAAUUGGCACAAUUUCCAACCUCUACAUUUAUCCGAUGAAGAGUUCAAGAUACAAGCUUUUGUCCGAAGCUGAAACCACAGAAAAAGGGCUGAGGGAGAUCAGAAACGAUGGCUUCCUGUCUUUGCGUGACAGGGGAUUUGUGGCAUUCAGAGAAGACACGAAUCAAUUCAUCACAGGAAGGACGUACCACAAUCUCAUCGGCAUUACCAUCAACUCUGUGUCGCCUGAUAUGGUUGAGUUCAGCUGCGAAGGGAUAGAGCCGUUGAAAAUCAAAGUUCCUACAGAAUUCAAAAAUGAAGAAGUGAAAAUGUGGAAUGACGAGGAAAUACCAACCGUUGACUGUGGGGAUGAAGCGUCAAAAUGGAUCACAAAAUUGCUCGGAGUUGAGAAACCGUUGAGAAUCGGCUACUGGCCUGAUUCGAUAUUGACCAGGAGGAAUGUUAAAAAGUUCCACAAGGAGAGAACUGAUUUGUUCAACAUUGAAAAUGAAUAUUCAGGGACGUACUCUGACCUGAGCAGUUUCCUUAUCAUAAACGAAUCUUCGGUUGUGGAUAUCAACUCUAAGCUUCCACCCGGCUCAACUUUGGUCUCUCACAAGAACUUUCGACCUAACAUACACAUUUCUGGGCCUGAGGCAUUUGAUGAGGACAAAUGGAAAUGGUUGAAAAUAGGAGAAAAUGCUGUUUUCAGAGUGUUCUGCCCAUGUACAAGGUGUAGCUUUACAACAAUCAACCCAGAAACAAAGAUUAAAGAUAAAAACUUGGAACCAAUAAAAACAUUAAAAACUUACAGGGUGGCAACAGAGGAAAAACAAAAAAAAGUUGUGGGAACGACGCCUUUUAUGGGUGUAUACGCAAGCCUUUACAAAGCCGGUAACAUUGCUGUUGGCGACUCUGUGUACUUAUCAGACUGAAUUGUUAUUUGUUAGGAUUUUUAAUUAUUAUUAUUUUUUUACAAUAAACUUUUUAUACAAAUUAGUAAAUAUAGUAGAAAAUGUCUCCUAAUGUAAAUAAAGAUUAAAUCUAUAUUUUAAAAAAAGUUUAAAA